UAGACGGCAAGUAAGAAAGGCAAGGUAAAUGGGCCAGAGACGUGGGUGAGAUUAGCCGAAGGCUCACUUCAAGGAUUUCAAACGAAAGGGACAACAUUUUGAUUCCAAGUCAGUUUGUUUUCACGCCUCCACCCAAACGUUCCAUUUCCUGAGGCAUCAUCCCAAUUCAGACAGCAUGGCCACAGUGACCAGCACCAAUAGCUACCAAUACACUUCCACUUCGUCGGCCUACGGCUCGAAUAAUAGCAAUCAGAACAAUAGUCCCAAUCCACCAUCAUCGUCCACCACUUCCAAUGGCGACGAGGAUAUGUUUUGCUCCAAAUGCAACGAGUCCAUCAAAUCCGGCAAAGCAUUGAAAGCCGGAAACAAGGUUUGGCACGAUCACCAUUUCGUGUGUUCCAUUUGUGGUCUACCUUUGAAGGACGAGAAGGUUUACCAAAAGGAUGGUAAAUUGUAUUGUGACGGAGACUACAAAAAGCGGUUUGUGCCCAGGUGUGCCUUCUGCUCAGGCUAUAUUUCACAAGAUUGCGUUAAAGCUCUGGAUCAAUCUUGGCAUCCGACAUGCUUUCUGUGCCGAAAAUGCAAUAAGGCCUUUGGCAAAGACGAGGGUUUUCACGAGAUGAACGGAACUCCUUAUUGUAAGACCUGCUACAUUGACACGGCCUGUGACAAAUGCGCCGGAUGCUCGAGGCCCAUCACGGACAAGGCCAUGAAGGCCUUGGAUCAGACUUGGCACGUGGGUUGCUUUGUGUGCAAGGAGUGUGGCAAAUCCUUUGAGGGUCAGCAAUCUUUUUAUUGCGUGGAUGGAAGGCCAUGUUGUGGCAAUUGCGUGGACGCCUCGUAAUCAGGCCCACAAGAAGAGGCCGUCGACGAUCGACUCGCUUCUGAAUAAUACUGUACCACACGACAAACGUAGCAAAAAAGAGAACAACUCAUUCACACUAAACCCCUCAAUACAGAAACGACCUUCAGGGUGACAUGAACAGAAGUUGAGGAAACGCGAGUAAUCAGACUGAUGGGGAUGGGGGAGAUGAUUUGUGGACGAUCGGUCAAAAUGAGGCAGAAGGCGUCGUCGACUCGUUCUUUCAUGUCACCUGGCUUCCUCUUCCUAUUAUAUUGAUGCCCAUCAAAGAGAGUAACAAUAAAGUACAAUGUUCUUUUACCUUCCA